CGCACGCGCGGCCAUGGCCUCUUCAUCGUCCUCCCCGAUCUCCUCUCCGACAAUCUCCCCAGCGUCUGCUUCAAGAAGUCCCGCGGCCUCCUCUGUAGGGUUUCGGAAUCGAACCAGUCGGAAAGGGCUAUUUUUGACGCGACAAGGUUGUUCUCGUCGAGAGAAGGCGAGGCGAUCGAGGAGUGUUCGUCGUCGGCGAAGAGUCUGGAUUCGGUAACCGUGUGUGAGGAGUUUGUCCAGAAUUUCGAUCAAUUUGUGGAGGCCAUGGACGGAGUGUCGAACGGAAGGUUUCUGAGAGGCGAAGAGAGCGAAUUGGGAUCGGAUUGGGUAGAAUUGGAGUGGUUGAAAGCGAAAGGCUAUUACAGUAUCGAAGCUUUUGUGGCCAAUCGAUUAGAGGUGGCUUUGAGGCUGGCUUGGCUGAAUAACAACAGCGGAAAUGGGAAGAAAAGAGGGGUGAAAUUGAAAGAGAAAGCGAGCUCCGCGGGCGUGGCGGCGAAUGUGUAUUGGAGGAAGAAAGGGUGUGUGGAUUGGUGGGAGAAUUUGGAUUCUUCACCGAGGAAGAAAAUCUUCAAUGCGGUUUUGGGAAAAUCAGCUAAAAACUUGUGUCGCGAGAUUUUGAAGGCGACUGAGAGUUCAUUGGAGGAUGAUCUUUGGCUCUUCAACACAGGAUUGGAGCGACCAUCGAGGUACAAACAUACUGUAAAUACGCGAAAGACUGUGUCAACUCUUGAAGCCGACGCUGAAUUUGGCUCAAACAUAGUCCCAGCUUCUGUUUCUGGAAAAUCUGCUUCCUUAUCCAAUUCCUUGAAUAGUUUAUUUGUGCUUCGCGAUAUUGUAAUGACGGCAUCGUUGUGUCAAGAUAGUAUAUGUGAUGAUAAAGGGAAAAUUUUCUUCAGCACAUUGAGUUCAAUUUGUACCGUUUCUGAUUUUAUACUAAGGAAAGUGAGAGGAUUUCUAAUGGUAAUUUCGCUUGAUUGCACAAAACUCGAACUUAUAUCAGAAGAAAAUGUUAAGUCCUCACCUAUUAAAUCCAAAGGAAAGGUUAGUUCUUGUAGCCGUAAGAAAAAGGGGAAGACCCGCAAUACAAAGAAGCUAAAUCCUGUUGAAGGGGGCUGUGUGGAUUCGCGCGAUAAAUCUUCUAAGGAUAUUGAUUGUGCCUUGGCUCAUAAGGAGAAUUCAGAGUUGCUGUUGGUCGAGUCCAAGGAGACACCCGAUGUCCCUCAGAGGAAGGAUAUGUCCAUCGAGAAAUCUUUGUUUAAAGAACCUACCAAAGCAGUGGGUGUUGGGAAAGCUCAAUCUGCUGCAAGGAAGACGAGAAGGGAAAAAGGCAAAAGCAGAAUUAAUGGCUUUAAGAAUCCUGUUGAAGUGGCCAAUUACAAAAGACCAGCAACGGAAGCUUCAUCUUCCUCCAUUUGUCAAGACGAUCCAGUGGGGAAUUAUUCAGUGUCUGCUAAUCCGACCUUCCAGAGUGUCUCGGGUGAAAACGCAUCUCAGUACAAUGUCCUUACACCGAGCUCAAUUACUUCUAGUUCUGUGAAUGGACGCAUUAAGGAGGAUCACACCAGCUUCUCAAUUCAAGAGAAUAAAGGUUCGGAAUGUUACCAGUUAAAUAAAAUUGUGACUGGAAAUACAACAAUAUCUUCUAGAUUGGAAACUCCAAAUUGUAACGCAGAUGAGAAGGUAAUACCUUCCUCUGAGCCUGCAUUGGACACUAAAGUUUUUAAAAACGAAGAUAGCAGUAUCAAGAAAUCUGCACCUAUUGGUGAAUUUGAUAUAAAAACAGCUUCGCCAGAGAAACAGGUCAGAGUGUUUGAUAUUAAAGAAAAACCUGUUUUAAUUCAAGAGCAAGAAAGUCGACAGGUAUCCGAUACCACCCCUUCGUCUAGGCCUUGUUCAGGUGGCCCUCCAUAUGAGUGGCCUAGUGUGGCUUCUAACCCUCAUCUCCCACCUGCCACUGAUCGCUUGCAUUUGGAUGUUGGUCGUAAUUGGCAUCGUCACUUUCAUCAAUCCUUUUUACCGGCAAUACACCAGCGAAAUAUAGAAGGUGGUUGUAAUCCAACUUUGUCUAGAAGAUUGCCAAUGAGUUUAGAUUGGCCUCCAAUGGUCCGUGGUACUUGUGGUUUGGCUCCGUCACGGACCUGUAAUUAUGAAUCUGGGUUCAUCUCUAGAUGGCAUUGUACUUAUCCUCAGAAUUUUUCUAACCACACCAUGCAUCUUAAUGCAACAGCCACUGAUGAAGAAAGGAAGCAUUCUGGGGAUUUCACAGACCUACCCGAGUUAACAAGUAAACAUGACCUAGCAGAUGACUGGGACAGCCACUGGAUAUCUGAGGAUGAAGUUGAUGUGCAUGCAGUCUCAGGGAUCGAUUAUAAUCAAUACUUUGGUGGUGGUGUGAUGUAUUGGAAUCCUUCUGAUCAUCCAGCGGGAGGAUUCUCUCGUCCUCCUUCCCUUAGUUCAGAUGAUAGCUCGUGGGCUUGGCGUGAGGCGGACAUGAAUAGGGCUGUUGAUGAUAUGGUUGCAUUCUCUUCUCCAUACAGUACAACUGGUUUGACUUCACCCACUGCUUCUUUUUGUUCUCCUUUUGAUAGUUUGGGUCCAGGACACCAGGCUUUAGGCUAUGUUCUGUCAGGAAAUGAGGUACCUGGCAAGGUGCUUCGUUCCCCGUCAACAGUUACAGAUGCAGCAGUCGAGGAGGAUACAUCUAGAUCAUUGACAGAUUUAACUGGUGAGGGUGAAGGAAAGACAGGCGAUCUGCUCCCUUACCACAUUUUGCCUCCAAUCAUCGUUCCAAAUGUAUCAAGGGAUAGGUCAAGGUCUGAGUUCAAGUGUAGUCAUGACGCUAAAAGUUCUUGUGUUCCUCUUUCUAGACGCGAGCAACCUCGAAUGAAACGGCCACCAUCACCUGUUGUGCGUUGCGUUACACGUGCCCCACGUCCACCUCCACCCUCUCCUGUGAGUGAAUCUAGGAAACACAGGGGUUUUCCAACUGUUAGAUCUGGUAGUUCAAGCCCGAGGCACUGGGGUGUGCGAGGUUGGUUCCCUGAUGGAGCUAAUUUGGAGGAAGCUUGCUUAUACAGGGAUGGAGCAGAAGUUGUUUGGCCAUCUUGGAGAAAUAAUAACUUUUCAGGUCACUCGAUGAUUCAACCUCUUCCUGCAGCUUUACUGCAGGAUCGUCUGAUUGCUAUGUCCCAUCUAGCUCGUGAUCAGGAACAUCCAGAUGUUGCGGUGCCUAUGCAACUGACUGAAUCACAGAGCUCUCCUAAACAAAAAGCCUCUCUUUCGGUGAUGCACAACCUCCUUCAUGACGAGAUUGAUUCUUUCUGCAAGCAGGUUGCUGCACAAAAUCUGGCUCGAAAGCCUUACAUAACUUGGGCUGUCAAGCGUGUAACACGGUCUCUCCAAGUGCUGUGGCCCAGGUCCAGGACAAACAUAUUUGGUUCAAACUCAUCUGGUUUGGCCCUUCCUACUAGUGAUGUAGACCUUGUCGUUUGUCUUCCUCCUGUGAGGAACCUGGAACCAAUAAAAGAAGCUGGUAUAUUGGAGGGCCGUAACGGUAUUAAAGAAACUUGCCUUCAGCAUGCAGCUAGGUAUCUUGCAAAUCAGGACUGGGUAAAAAGUGAUUCUCUCAAGACCGUGGAAAAUACAGCUGUAAUGCAUUAUCUUUUUUAUCAUUGUCUUUUCUAUUAUUUAGGCCGUCUCCUUUUGCUUGUCUUCUUACCCCUU